GAUUGGGAGGCAAAACACUGUUUUCGAACGGCUUUUUGAGUCUCCACUAUUUCCCAAAACAUCUCUUGACAAGAAGAGACUACUUUCAUUCCCACCACAAUAAUAAUCAUCAACAUCAUCAACACCAUCAACCGUCUCCGUCUGGAAACAGUAGUACCUCACCACAUGAUCGAGAGGGGCGUUCUAGUGCCGGUGAAGAGCAG